GGAAACCACAAGAUGGCGACGUCCACAUAAACCACACGCACCUGUUCAGUGCAUAUGGAUCAGAACUUCAAUAUCCGGUGACAUUUUUACAGAUUAUUAGAAUGGACAGAAAACCAGGUUUCCUCACUAAGAAUCCCCAAGAUGCUGUAAACGAGCUCAAGUGGAUAAAGGUGGUCGGUAUUGGAAAUGCUAAUGUUGGGAAGACAUGCCUGAUAAAACAUUUUUGUGAAAGUAAGUUUUGUGGUGGGUACCAGCCGACAGUCGGGGUCGAUUACGGGUUCAAGAUCCAGCAUGUCGAUGGCGUUGAUUUGCGUGUACACUUGUGGGACCUCUCUGGGAGUCCGGAGUACAUUGAUGUUAGAAACGAACUCUACCUCCAGACUGACGCCAUCUUUAUGGUGUAUGAUGUCACUAAUCAAGCCUCGUUUGAAGCCUUGGAUGUUUGGAUGAAAGAGGUUAAUAAGUACAGUACAACUAACCCGGAAAUACGAUUGGUCGGAAACAAGAUUGAUAUUAAGAACAAACGCCAGGUUGAGAAGGAAGAAGGAAGAAAAUGGGCGACACAGAAUAAAAUGGUAGGUUACUACGAGACGUCAGCUUCUACUGGUGAAGGGAUUGACUCUUUAUUCCAUGAUAUGCUGUGCUCAAUAAUUGAGAGGAAGAAGCUAUAUAAAAAGUCAGCAUCGCUAUGACAACAUCAUGCCCUAGCUAUGCAUGUACCGAGACUUUUCCGUGUGGCUUUGGAAUUUAACUGGUGAAAAGCGAUGUCUUGUGUCUUUUUAUCUAGCUAAUUAUUAACAUUGACGACCAAUUCCCAGCACAAGAACAAAUUUGAUCCUAAACGGUCAUUUUGUUAAGUGUACGUCCCAGGAUGUAGGUAUUAUGGUAACGUGACUUCUGAUGGUGAUCUGAGUGUUUCUCCGAACAUGGAUACCUGGAUAAUAUAUACGCAACCGUUUGUGAAAUUAAACUUAACAUUUCUAUGGAGUGAACAAAUUCUGUAAUAUGAUAUUGUUUAUCAUCACCAAGCCCCAACACAAGUGUGAACCAGGCCAAAAUCAGCGGAGAAUCAGCAAAGAAAUGGUUCCUGGCAUGCUACAGAAUUAUUGUACAUGUCACAACAUCUUCAUGAAUAGAACAUUACAUGUGCCUUGCCAAAAGUUUAUCAUUAUAUUUCCUUUGUUGCAUAUUUAUUUUGUUUGUUUGAUGUGUGAAUAUUUCCUAACAUUUUAUUUGAUUGUAUUGUACUCCACACAGGGACAUGUAUUUCUCUUGGAUGGUGGAGUGUCACAUAUUACAAUCUGAUAUUGUACUCCACACAGGGACAUGUAGUCCUCUUGGAUGGUGGAGUGUCACAUAUUACAAUCUGAUAUUGUACUCCACACAGGGACAUGUAUACCUCCUGGAUGGUGUAGUGUCACAUAUAACAAUCUGGUAUUGUACUCCACACAGGGACAUGUAGUCCUCUUGGAUGGUGUAGUGUCACAUAUCAAAAUCUGGUAUUGUACUCAACUAUAUAUAGAGUUGUUGCCCUUUGUUUACAAAGCAUCCCAUUGUCCGCGGCAUAUCUCUCUACUCACCUUACAAUUGCCAUAAUUAAUUCGAGAAUGCAGAAUGUCACAUGUUAUACAAAGUUAUUGUCUUUUGUUUUAUAUCUAAAUGGGGAACCUGCUGCAGAUUUAUUUAUAUGAAUAACUAGAUAACUUGUGCAGGUGAAAAUUGUACCAAUACCAAGACAGUCCUGAGAAUGUCGUUACUGUAUUACACUAUAUAAUGCUAAAGGGGUAACUUAAGUGGUG